AUGACGGAAGUCUACGAGGGUAGCUCAAAGAAGAUCGCGUUUAUCCAUCCAGAUCUAGGAAUUGGAGGUGCUGAGAGAUUAGUAGUUGAUUCCGCAAUGGGUCUUCAGGAUUUGAACUACAAUGUUAGCAUAUUUACUUCGCAUUGUGACAAAUCACACUGCUUUGAAGAAGUUAGCUCUGGAAAAUUACGUGUUGAAGUCUACGGGGACUUCUUACCAACAAGCAUAUGCAAAAAGCUACAUAUAGUAUUUGCCAUAUUAAGGCAGUUAUAUUUAGUUUUGAAGCUAAUUAUUACUCAAGAAAUCGAACAAUUUGAUUACUUUAUAGUAGAUCAGCUUUCAUUUUGCGUCCCCUUUUUGAUCCAAUUUAGUAGAAGAGACUGCAAAAUCAUGUUUUACUGUCAUUUCCCGGAUCAAAUGUUAUCUAAAAAAGAAGGCUUUAUCAAGAUGCUUUAUAGAAUACCUUUCAAUUUUAUUGAAGAAUGGACUACAGGGUUAAGUGACUGUAUUAUUGUCAAUUCAAAUUUUACUAAAAGUAUUUUUCAUAAAACAUUCAAGAGGCUAAGAAAUGUUGAACCUGAAGUAAUAUACCCUUGUAUUGAUGUCAACUCCACGGAUCUAAAUGAAGAAGAGGUAAGAAAAGUUGUUGAUGUCAAAACGUUCUUCAAAGGAACUCUGUACUUUCUAUCGAUCAAUAGAUUUGAGAGGACCAAAAACAUCGAACUUGCAAUAGAAGCAUUUGCAAAAUUCAAAAAGCUUAUCCCUUUGACUAAAAAGCCAGUCUUAGUCAUAGCUGGUGGAUAUGACUCAAGAGUAACCGAGAAUGUGGAAUAUCUAAAUGAGCUUAUAAAAAUAUCGGACAAUCUUAAGCUAACGAAUUUUACGAUUAGGGGAAAGUUAAUUGUUAUGCCUCCUUCCACAGAUGUCUUAUUUCUACCUUCCAUAAGUACUUCUUUGAAAAAGGCAUUGAUAAAGAAUACAGAGAUGCUCUUAUAUACUCCUUGUUCUGAGCAUUUUGGUAUAGUUCCACUUGAAGGAAUGCUUUUUAAGAUACCAGUUUUGGGUGUUAACCAUGGGGGCCCAUUGGAAACAAUUGUCAAUUAUGAUGGGAUGAACCUUGAUUCCGCAACUGGAUUCAUCCAAGAACCUAAUAGCCAUUAUUGGGCAAAAAUUAUGAUUGAAUAUUUCCUUGAACUCAACACAGAAAUUAAAACGCAAUUAGGGCAAAAUGCUUACGAGAGAGCUAUCAAAGUCUUCCUGAGGGAAGAGAUGAGUAAAGCGUUUGCUUCUAGUUUAUCAAGAUGCGAGGAGUCAUCCUCUGAUAAGGGUAUACUAUUUAUUCUAAUUCGCCUUUGGAAGAUUGAAAUCGUUUUACUAUUUUCUAUUAUCGCUUACAAAUUGAUAUACUGA